UUCAGUAAUUGCGUUUUCGAUUCGGUGUUGGUUACAAGCAGAGAAAUGUUAUGAAUUUUGAUUUGCUAUAAUAGGCGUAACUGGUUGUGAAAUAAUGCUUCCAAGGCUUUACUGUCCGCUACCUUUCUAGAACAAAGUUCAAUUAUUCUAUUUAUUGCUAUUAAUUUGUGCUAUUUAAAUACGUAGAAUUUGAAAACCGCGUUCGAAUAGUGUGUCAAAAGCGUUCGAUUUCGGCAGUGUAGCCGACACUCUACGGUUGCCUGGAAAGUGCAGCUAGACAACAGUGGCACCCGUUGCUGUUUAUGUUUCACACUUUUGCCUCCCGUUCUGAUUCAGCUGCCUGCGUUCUGCUAGGUCCUCCGAAAAUAAACGUAAAAAUCACCAGGUAAACAGUAAACAGGGGCAAAGUAAAACCGUGGCCUUAACCGCAUAGGAAGCGGUAGCGCCCCUCACUCAUCUCGUACCCGGCAGAGCUUCCCGCAAGCUCUUCACGGUCUCACAUUGGAGAAGAAGGCGAAAAUGGUGUUGGCCGACAGAACCGCUGAGAACGUUCGCAACGGCCGAAGAUCGCGGGGGCCCAGCCCGAACGGUCAUUCAGUGGUGUUAGUCGCCGGCGGCAUCACCGAGUCCAGCUCGGAUGACGAAAACUCGCGAAAGAACGGAAAUUCUUCCAAAGCAGCCAAGGCUAAGAGCGAGUAUGAAGAGAAAAUCCGCGUCGGACGAGACUAUCAAGCCGUCUGCCCAGAGCUGAUACCGGCGCCAGACAGAAAACCAGAAAACUUAAACGAUCGGGCCUUACUCGUGUGGUCGCCCACAAAGGAAAUUCCAGACAUUAAGUUAGAGGAGUACAUCACUGUGGCCAAAGAAAAAUACGGAUACAAUGGGGAGCAGGCUCUCGGGAUGCUCUUCUGGCACAAGCACGAUCUAGAGCGAGCCGUACUGGAUCUGGCAAAUUUCACCCCCUUCCCGGAUGAAUGGACCGUCGAGGAUAAGGUCCUGUUUGAGCAGGCCUUCCAGUUUCACGGCAAAAGUUUUCAUCGAAUCCGACAGAUGCUUCCGGACAAAUCAAUCGCCAGUCUCGUCAAGUUCUACUACUCGUGGAAGAAAACUCGCAGUCGAACCAGCGUCAUGGACAGGCAGGAGAAAAUGAAGAAAAACGACAGUUCCGAGAAUGGAAGCGACCACGGAAGCAACGAGGACUCGGACAAUGACGAUAAGCCCUCGGCAAGCACGGGUAGCAAUCCUGUACCGUCGAUUCCGGUCGCAACCAACAUAACCGUCAGCGCGGCAGCAAGUUCAACCGGCAUUCCCAGCAUGAACGGUAUCGCCCCAAUGGACACGAAUGAUUCGAGUAAGCCUGGUCAAAUGGAGGUCGACGGGGAACCUGCCAUUGCCUCGACUACGGCUGCCACCAAUGGCAGCAACACGUCGAACUCGCUCAAUUGUUCCGGGUGUGGUGUGACGUGCAGCGAGUUGAAUGCGACACCCCAGGGCAAGCUAUGUGGAAGUUGCUAUCAUCACUGGAGACGUACCGGUGUGUUGCGUCCCACAUCCGGUCCGACUUUCAUGAACAAACGGGCGCGAAAUUCGACUCUGUUGGGCAAAUCCGCUGACAGUCACAAGCGUAGGCCUCCGCGGGGGAUGUACAUCAACCACGAUGAUAUUGUCAAGCUAGCCGACUCGGCCCAGAUCACCAGCGGUGCUACUGAGGGGAAGCCUUGUGAGGACCUGCUAGCCGGGAUGGAUAGGGAAAUCGUUUCACUCUGGAGUCAAAUUCAGCUGAACAAGCAGUGUGCCAGUGGUUUAAAGCGCAAAAUAGAACAGAAUUCUGAUAUGGUGCGACCGGCGGAACCGUCCAUGAUUCGGGUUAACUCACGUUGGAACAAUGAAGAACUGCUGCUGGCCGUACAGGGCGUUAGAAAGUUUGGUCGAGAUUUCCAGGCCAUAGCCGACACGAUCGGUACCAAAACGGAAACCCAGGUGCGCACGUUCUUCGUCAACUAUCGACGAAAGUACAGUCUGGAUAAUGUACUGAAGGAGUACGAAACGGAACAGAAGCAGCUGCUGGAGCAGAUAAACAACAACAAUAACCUUGCCAAGGAAGAUGAUUCAACGACAACCAUCAGCGAGCUGGAAAGUGCGGACACGAGUUCAACUACCGGUGAUAAGCUAGAACUUGACGAUGGCAAAAAGUCGUCGGGGAAGAAAUCUGUCCCCUUGGAUAGUGAGAUUAUGGAGAUCGAUCUGGUGGACGAUGAGAUGGUAAACGGGAAGAAGGGUCAUGGGGAGGAUGGCCUGGACGGUUCCAGCAGUACUGUGACUGCAUCGGGCGUGACUUCAGCUUCUUCCCUUCCGAGCGGCUCGUUGUCUGUGACCAGCGUUGCCCCGGGAACUCCUGCCUCUGCUGCGAUGGACGGCGCUGCUCCGAUGGAUGUAGAUGAACAGUCCAGUACUAGCGCAAAGUUGACGGAUUCGACGAUAGUCAUCAAAUAAUAACUUGCAACUGCCGUUAUUUAAUCCGAUCGAGACGAUCGUUUGAUGUUCCCUUUAAUCUUCGCCUUUUUAUUUCCAUUCGACAGUUGUUUAAUCACAAACAUUUUUUAUUCCCUGUAUGUCAAAGCACUUUCCACUGUCGAAUGCUGUGUAUUAUUUUUAUUAUCUGUAGUGAUUCUACUGAACAAUGCAAA